AUGCUGAACAUCUCAAUACCAAAUCUGCUUAUUCUUGUUUACCUCACCGGUUUUCGUUGCAGUUCUUCCAAUGAUGAGCGGGAAGCCUAUACUGACAGCAUUUUGGACGAUAUUGUCGAUUCUGCGGACAGACCCUUCGAUGGACGAGGCUGGUGGCGUGAGCAAGAGGAGCCGUGGCAAACACUCGCAUGUUGUCGGGAGUUAGCAGCCGCACUUCGUCAUUCGAACUCCCCGUCCACCUACGUCAAUCACUUUCCUGUUCACCAGGACGGUUCGUGCAACGGUCUUCAACAUUACGCUGCCAUGGGACGCGACGAACGCGGCGCCGCGUCAGUCAGUUUGGUAGACUGCGAACGUCCUCGAGAUGUCUAUUCUGAUGUCACUGAAGUAGUGGAGGCGCGGCGUCGGGCAGACGCUGCAGAAGGCAAUGAGAUAGCGAUCGCGCUGGAGGGUGCUGUACAACGGCGCGUAAUUAAACAGUCAGUCAUGACGACAGUCUAUGGGGUCACGCUGUACGGCGCAAUGGCUCAGAUCCGUCGGCAGCUGCGCGAGCUCCCAAUUUUUCAGACACCUGCAGGUGCUGACGCCGAUCGGCGUCUUGGGCCAGCUUCUGUCUACCUAGCUCGACUUACGCUAUCCAGCAUUGAGGCUAUCUUUUCUUCGUCUACUUCAACUCAGGCCUGGUUCGCGAAGCUUGCAAAGCACAUUACUCGUUUUCGUGGUUGUCGCAUCAGUUGGAUAACCCCACUAGGUUUGCCUGUCGUGCAACCCUACGUCAAAGAUACGGACUUCGAGAUCGCCUUGUGGAGUGGGGAACUCUCCAACGCUGCCGCAUCUACUACAGCGUGGGCCACUGCAUUGAAAAAAGCAGCACAUCGUGCAGAGCGGCAAUUUCGUCGCGGUGGCGCACGGGACUCACUCGUUGGAUUGCCAUUGCCAGACCCGAUAAAGCAGCAAAACGCCUUCCCGCCUAAUUUCAUCCACUCUCUUGACUCUUGUCACAUGAUGCUCACAGCGUUGCACUGUCUUCGAGCUGGUGUGAUGUUCGCCUCGGUGCAUGACUGUUUUUGGACCCAUGCGGCAUCUGUGGAUCAACUAAAUCGGCCUCACUUUACUCCAGUCACAUCCAUUUACAGUUUCUUGAUAUCGGAGCCGUGCCUUACCGAAUUCUGUUAUCGAUUAUUCGCCUCGAUGACGCCGGCUUUUUAG